AUGAUUGAUGACAGACGCAUAACCGAGGAAGAGGAGGAAGCAGAGUUUGAGUACAGAGUCGAUGAACCCAUGGAGACCGAUGAGUAUGUCCCAUGGCCUCCAAGGCGUGAAACUGACAUUGUCCGAAGACCGGAUGGCAAGCUUGUUGGCUUGGUGGAGACCAAUCAAAUCUACUCAGACCUGAUUGACCGCCUCGCACAUACCCCACCUGACGACCGAUGGCGUAUCUCAAUCAUGAUGAUGACCAACAUUCUUCAACGGCUGAGCAUCGGAGAUGGUGAAACGGGCCCUCCUGCCAUUGUGCCACACCAGUACUCCUCGGCGUUGCGUACCUGCUUGCGUAGAAGACUCAAGGUGAUCUUGCUCACCGGCAACCUCCAUGCGUACACCCGAACCCAAACUCUCCGAGGCGUCCCAAUUGGUUUGACACCUCUUGUGUUGUUAACUACUUUCCUUGAAGAACAAACCCCGGAGUUCCGAAAUGAUUACCUCCCACCUGAAUGGCUGGAAAAUCAACUCUCCAGACAUAGUGUCAUGGGCUUGUUACGAGAUCUUGCCAAGCACAAGCGAGGGGCACUUCGGAAUGCGCUUCUGACCAAUGUCAAGGAGUUCAAUCGUCAUCCAAUCCAUGGGCCACCUCCACCCUUGAUGGACUUGAUCUUGAUUGUCGAUCGGGCCAUGGGUGGUCAAUCUCAAUUGAGAUCGGUCGACCAGAUCCUCCGGGAGUAUACCCCCAGCAUGAGGAUCAGACUUGCCUACGUUCGCCUGGAGGUGAUACAUCACUUUUUGCAUCCCAAUCGUGGCAGUAACUUGACUCAGUGGGAGCUCAUCGAUCGCCAGCUGGAGCAUGUAAGGAGUCAGAGUGAGAAUUACAAGAACGCGUAUGCCCAACUGAUUGUCAACUUGGACCGACAACUUUUUGGCGAUCAACUAUUUCAAGGCAUCCCCGUUGCCCUUAUAGUCCUCCGAACUGAAGCGCAAGUCUCCGAGCAAAUGGCGAUAGCUGCGGCUACUCCCCAACGAACCGGAGGACCUUAUGAAGGAGAAGAGUUGGCUGGUGUCCGAUUUGAAUGA